UACGUAGCAACUCGAAGAUGCUCGAGUUGUAUCAGCGACCUGUUUCCUCUCGGUCAGGUUGAGCGUGUCACGGCGUCGUUGCCUACAAAUGUGAAGCCAUUAAGCCGAAAUGCAAGAAAAAGGAACGUCUCAUGAACGAGAAAGGCGUGUGAGAGCACAGUGAGGGAUCUGAGCUGUUUGGAUGUGGGAGAGCAGGUGUUUGUAUGGAUGCACUGAAUUCAACUGCAUGCACAAUUGAAAGCCUGCCCUGAUGGAAAAGCGAGACAGAAAGCAAGGCUAUUUUGACAAGCUGAAAAGGCGGAAGCAGCUCAGGUCGAACCAGUCAGAAAAGGGUCCAAAUGAGCGGAGACCUGUGAUCAUCUCCUGUGGCCCUGACCCCAACAAGAAAACUGACCUUCAGAGAGUAAAGCCACCUGGAGGUUCAGGUGAUGGCUGUAAAAGAAACAAGAUGGAGAAGAAGAAGCCACCAGGCACAGUGGAGUAUAUUGUGGGACCAAACGAUUCCCUUAACAGCAUUGCACUUAAAUUCAACAUCACCCCAAACAAGCUGGUCCAGCUGAACAAGCUCUUCUCUCGUAGCGUCUACACCGGCCAGAAGCUGUUUGUUCCUGAUGUGAGCCAAUCAGAAACUGACCUGAAGUCUCCGACUUCCUCUGACACCUCAUUUACUAAUGGCAUUUCUGACAAACAUGAUUGCACACAAAGCUGCCGGUCAGCAAAGUCUAUCCGCCGGGAGCUCUCUCCAAACUCUGAGGACGAGAGCCCCGCUACGGUAAAAUUCAUUAAGAUGAGCUGCAAAUACUUCACUGAUGGCAUGGGUGUGGUUGGAGGCGUGUUAAUUGUGACGCCCAACAACAUCAUGUUUGACCCUCACAAGUCGGACCCCCUGGUGAUCGAGAACGGUUGUGAGGAGUACGGUAUCAUCUGCCCCAUGGAGGAGCUGGUGUCUGUGGCGCUGUAUGACGACGUGUCACGUAUGAAGCUCAAAGACGCUCUGCCAUCAGACCUACCCCAGGAUCUGUGUCCUGUCUACAGGCCCGGAGAGUGGGAGCAGCUGCCAUCAGAGCAAGAGCUGAACCCCUUCAGUCGGUACGAAGCACUUGUACCAAAACGGCCGAUCAUUUUGGAUGACAUUAAAUCAACUCUCUCUGAAACUGUGAGUACAGAGGGUGAGCAAACAGAGGAGUCUCCGCUGGAUGAAGGUUUUACUGAACUGGAGCCUACAGUCAGCGGAAACACUGAGGAGGUGGCAGGGACGUCCUCCUCAUCAAUCAGCACUAUCAGCAAGGAGCAAUAUGAACUCGUGGCACCAAGCUGCCCAUGCCAGGAAAAAGACAAUUUGAUGCCCUGUCACCUUAAAAGGAGGCUUUAUGAUGACGAGGAUGAAGGUGUGGCUCAAAACAUCUCUAUUGACGAUGGAGAGUCGAUACAAUCCUCCUUAAAGACUAAAAAGCAUGUUAAACCUGCAAGCCAGCAAGCAAGUGAAAUCAAAGCUGAAGGAACUGAAGAGCUCCUAAAUGCUGCGGAUGAUAAAAUAAUCAGGAAGCUGAGUCUUCAGGAGGAUUCUGGGGUUCGUGGGACGUCUGGUCUGGAGAGACAAAGUCCGGACAGACCAGCAGAGGGGGGUGAACUGAGUGAGGAGCGACCGAGGAAAAACUACGAGUCAGAGAUGAAGUCUUGGCUGCUGAAGAGGAUGCAGGUUCCAAUAAAAGACAUGCUUUUGUCAUCAGAGGAGAAGAGUAAAAACCCACCCAUGUUCCUCUGCUUCAAAGUUGGAAAGCCGAUGAGGAAGUCUUUUGCCGUCGGCAUGACGCCCAGUCCUGCCCGCUCCUUCGGGGCUCCAGAGACGCAGCCAGAGUACUGGUUUGCUGUGCCACUGGAAAGGGUGCACGAUCUGUAUUCGUUUUUCGUUCAGUGGUCUCCUGAUGUUUACGGAAAAGAAGCUCGUGAGCAGGGCUUUGUCGUGGUGGAGAAAGAUGAGCUGGACAUGAUUGAUGACUUCUUCAGUGACCCUGCCUCCUGCAGCUGGGAGAUCAUCACCAUCGACGAGGCGAAACGCAGGCAGAGUUUUGGCAGCUGUGACAGAGACGCAGCUGUGGAUGCACUGCCUUUUCUCAUUGAUAGCAGUGAUCUGCUGCAAGACACACACAUUGAAAAGCUUGCCUGUCGCCUUCCAGCCCGUGUGCAGGGAUAUCCAUGGAGACUGGCCUACAGCACUGAGAAACACGGUACCAGUCUGAAGACUCUGUACAGGAACCUGGCAGAUGUGGACAGUCCUGUGCUGCUCACCAUCAAAGACAUGGAUGACCAGAUAUUUGGGGCAUUUUCAACCCAUCCCUUCAGAGUCAGCGAGCACUUCUAUGGCACUGGGGAGAGUUUCCUCUAUAGCUUCUGCCCAGAAAUCAAGGUGUACCGCUGGACAGGAGAGAAUUCUUACUUUGUGAAAGGCAAUAUAGAUUCACUGCAGAUGGGAGGAGGAGGAGGUCACCUGGGUCUUUGGCUGGAUGCUGAGUUGUACCGAGGCACCACCACCAAAUGUUCCACCUUCAACAACCAGCCUCUUUCCUCGCAGCAGGACUUCAACAUCCGCGGUCUGGAGGUGUGGACCUUCGAGUAGCCACAUCCGCUAAGGCCCAGAUGUUUACCUGUACGUCACUUGGAGGCAAACAUGUAGCCGCCCACAAACAACACCAAGCACACUGAGACAGAAGCAGACGGUGAAGCUGCGACGUCAGUAUUCUUCAGAGCAAGCCUGCGAACAGGUUUACACCCGUUUAAAGGUGGAAGUGUGAGAAAGUGUCUCUACUCGUCACAUUUCAUCGGCUGCCUUCGAACGCAAUCGGCUCCAGCUUCUCCACCAUGAAGGCUGCCACAAACCUAAGAAUCAAGAAGACAGCAGAUACAUCUGAUGUUACUGUUCACGUUAUUCUAGAAAGAGCUGUGUUGUUGUGUUAAGGAGUACGAAGUGCUGUGGGCUUUUCUUUUCAGAAGUAAUGGUCUGUUU